GAACCGUCUCCCCGCCCUCACCGCUGCCAUGGCGGCAGCUCCGCCGCUCUCCAAGGCCGAGUAUCUGAAGCGUUACUUGUCUGGGGCAGGUGCCGGCGUCGACGGGGGCUCUGACUCCAGUCGCAAGCGUCGCAGAAAGCGGCCGAAGCCCGGCGGGGUCGGCGGGAAGGGAAUGCGGAUUGUGGAUGAUGAUGUGAGCUGGACAUCUAUUUCCACCACUAAACCGGAAAAGGAGGAAGAAGAUGAUGAUGGAGAUUUGCCUGUGGUGGCUGAGUUUGUGGAUGAGCGGCCGGAAGAGGUAAAGCAGAUGGAAGCCUUUCGUUCCAGUGCCAAAUGGAAGCUUCUGGGAGGCCACAGUGAAGAUCUGCCCUCACACAGACACUUCCGUCAUGACUCCCCGGAUUCAUCUCCCCCCAGGAGGGUCCGACAUGACACCCCAGAUUCAUCGCCCCCCAGGAGGGUCCGUCACGACACCCCGGAUUCCUCUCCCCCCAGGAGGGUCCGUCACGACACCCCGGAUUCAUCGCCCCCCAGGAGGGUCCAUCACGACACCCCGGAUUCAUCUCCCCCGAGGAGGGUCCGUCACGACACCCCGGAUUCAUCUCCCCCCAGGAGGGUCCGUCACAACACCCCGGAUUCCUUUCCCCCCAGGAGGGUCCGUCAUGACACCCCGGAUUCAUCUCCUCCCAGGAGGGUCCGUCAUGAUACCCCAGAUUCUUCUCCCCCAAGGAGGGUCCGUCAUGACACCCCAGACCCAUCUCUUCCCAGGAGGGCCUGUCAUACUUCUCUGGAUCCUUCUCCCCUCAGGAAGCCUCAUCGUCACUCUUCAGGUGUGUCUCCUAGGAAAGCCCAUCACAACACACCAGAUCCAUCUCUUCCUAGGAGGGCCCAUCACAAUUCCUCAGAUAGCUCUGUUCCCAGAAGGGCCCGAAAUAGCUCCUCUGACACAUCUCAACCUAGAAGGACUCUUGACUCCUUGGACACAUCGCAGCUCAGGAGGGCCUGUCAUGACUCCCCUGAUUUGGCUGCUAAUGUCCCUCAUUCACUGCCCAGAACCAAAAGCAGUAAAGCCCCAGAAAGAGCCUCUAGCAAAAUUUCUCCACAUUGGAAGGGGCCGGGACCAUCUCAUGCAUCACUCCCGAAGAACAGCAAGUAUGAGUAUGACUCUGACCUCUCUCCUCCACGAAAAAAGCAAGCAAAAUCCCAUAAGCAUGAUUCUAAAGACUCUUCCCCCAGCCAUAGGAAGUUCCACACAAGCUCUUCACCUAGGAGACAUCAGAGUCACGUGUUGGACUCUUCCUCCUACCCAAGUGACAGUCGGAAAGCCUCAGAUUCAGAUCUUUCUCCUCCUCGACAUAAGCAAAGUUCAGGGCACAAGGAUUCUGAUUCAGAUCUGUCACCUCCACGGAAUAGACGUACACAUCGGAGCUCUGAUUCUGACCUGUCUCCACCACGGAGGAAACAGAGGGUCAAAUCUUCUGAUUCUGAUCUGUCUCCACCUCGAAGGAGUCAGCCUUUAGGAAAGAAGGCUGCACACAUGUAUUCUGGGGCUAAAACUGGGUUGGUGUUAACUGACAUACAGCGAGAACAGCAGGAGCUCAAGAAACGGGACCAAGAAGCCCUGGCGUUUGAAGCUGAAUUCCAGUAUGCUGAAACCGUAUUUCGAGAUAAAUCUGGUCGUAAGAGGAAUUUGAAACUGGAACGUUUAGAGCAAAGGAGAAAAGCAGAGAAGGACUUGGAGAGAGAUGAGCUGUACGCUCAGUGGGGCAAAGGGCUAGCCCAGAGCCGGCAGCAGCAACAAAACGUGGAGGAUGCAGUGAAGGAAAUGCAGAAGCCUCUGGCCCGCUAUAUUGAUGACGAAGAUCUGGAUCGGAUGCUGAGAGAACAGGAAAGAGAGGGGGACCCCAUGGCCAACUUUAUCAAGAAGAAUAAAGCCAAGGAGAACAAGAAUAAGAAAGAGAGACCUCGCUACAGUGGUCCUGCACCUCCUCCCAACAGAUUCAAUAUCUGGCCUGGAUAUCGCUGGGAUGGAGUGGACAGAUCCAAUGGAUUUGAGCAGAAGCGCUUUGCCAGGCUUGCCAGCAAGAAGGCGGUGGAGGAACUUGCCUACAAGUGGAGUGUUGAGGAUAUGUAACUUUUCUGAGGCUGUGGGGUGGCUGUGGGUUGUGGUAGUGGACAUAGGGCAGCCAGACAUCCAGCUGUAACAGUUGUCUGCUAAUAAUCAGGGUCCACACAGACCAGCAACUUGAAUGCCAGUUUUGACUACGGAAGAAUAUUUUGAGACCUGAUGUUUGGACUGAGGCACCUGGACUUCUUAGGUGUGCCAACACUGGCUAUUGCUGGCCGUCAGAGGAGGCGUUGAUUUUUCAGUGUCCCAGGGUUUGUUCUUGGUUAGGGUUUUUCUUUUUUAAUAAACAUGCAUUUAUUUUUUCAAAA